AUGACACAACUAUCGUCACUAAGACUUACUACGAAAUUAAACAACCACCAGGAAACGACGGUUCCUAAUGCUUUUGACAAACCCACUGCUAUUUACCUACUUACAAACGAUUUGAAAGUAAACAAGACUCUCACUAAACUUGAACUUAGAUGGAACCAAAUAUCCGAUAGAGGAGUUGAAGCACUAGCAGAAGCACUGAAAGUAAACAACACACUCACUCAACUUGAUCUUGCAGACAACCAAAUAUCCGAUAGAGGAGUUGAAGCACUAGCAGAAGCACUGAAAGUAAACAAGACUCUCAUUCAACUUCAUCUUGCAAACAACCAAAUAUCCGAUAGAGGAGUUGAAGCACUAGCAGAAGCACUGAAAGUAAACGACACUCUCACUAAACUUGAUCUUGCAAACAACCAAAUAUUCGAUAGAGGAGGUGAAGCACUAGCAGAAGCACUGAAAGUAAACAAGACUCUCACUAAACUUGAUCUUAGCAUCAACCAAAUAUCCGAUAGAGGAGUUGAAGCACUAGCAGAAGCACUGAAAGUAAACGACACUCUCACUAAACUUGAUCUUAGCAUCAACCAAAUAUCCGAUAGAGGAGUUGAAGCACUAGCAGAAGCACUGAAAGUAAAUAACACUCUCAUUCAACUUCAUCUUGGAUGGAACCAAAUAUCCGCUAGAGGAGGUGAAGCACUAGCAGAAGCACUGAAAGUAAACAAGACACUCACUCAACUUGAUCUUGAACACAACCACAUAUCCGAUAGAGGAGGUGAAGCACUAGCAGAAGCACUGAAAGUAAACAACACACUCACUCAACUUGAUCUUGAACACAACCAAAUAUCCGAUAGAGGAGUUGAAGCACUAGCAGAAGCACUGAAAGUAAACGACACUCUCACUAAACUUGAUCUUAGAUGGAACCAAAUAUCCGCUGGAGGAGGUGAAGCACUAACAGAAGCACUGAAAGUAAACAAGACACUCUCACUCAACUUGAUCUUGCAGACAACCAAAUAUCCGCUAGAGGAGGUGAAGCACUGA